AAUAAAUAAAAACCAUUCCUAGAAAACCUUUAAAAGUCGUUUAAUUUUAUUUUGUUUCCAAGCAAAAUCUGUUUCUGCCCAUCACGAAUUCGACAGAACGCAUGUUCCAAUCCAAAAUCCUUAAAAAAACAUCCGAAUCUAUGUUAAAAAUCGCAUCUUUAUCCUGUUGAGAUAUAGUUAGUAUCAGUAGUUGGUGGUGACGCAUACACACAGUGAUGGGAUCCGCCGCUGUAGCGAGUUCUUCUUCUUCUUCUUCUGAUGUUGCAAUCUCAGCUCUGCGUGAGAAGCAUGAGAAGGAAGUAGAGAAUCUAACACUCACCUCACAACCUUUCUAUACAUUAAAGUUAUUCGUUGAGGCUACUUUUCUUUACAUCAAGCGCUCUAUAUCAUAUCUACUCUCUCAUGGAGGCUGGUUCUUGCUUGUAACCACUUUGUUGCUCGCAUUUGGAGUUUUGCUUGCGACCGUUGAUGGACCUCAUGGAAAGCAUGUUGAAGAGCUAUUAGAGUAUGUUCGGUACAGCUUGUGGUGGAUAGCACUUGGUGUUGCAUCUUCUAUUGGUCUUGGAUCUGGUCUACACACUUUUGUUCUCUAUUUGGGUCCACACAUUGCUUUGUUCACUCUAAAAGCAACUCAAUGUGGGCGGGUCGAUCUCAAAUCUGCACCUUACGAUACCAUUCAGUUGAAACGGGUUCCCUCGUGGCUAGACAAAUCUUGCUCAGAGUUUGGUCCUCCGUUAAUGAUCUCAGCUGCUGGAUCUCGUGUUCCCCUUACAAGCAUACUGCCGCAAGUCCAACUAGAGGCCAUCUUAUGGGGUAUUGGGACGGCUCUUGGAGAGCUUCCUCCAUAUUUCAUCUCAAGGGCAGCUAGUAUCUCUGGGGGCACGGUGGAAGAGUUAGAUGCUUCACCAUCUGAGGAUAGUGGAUUUAUGGCUAAGUUCCUGAACCGGAUUAAGCGUUGGCUGUUAACGCAUUCGCAGCAUUUGAAUUUCUUCACCGUCUUUGUUCUUGCUUCGGUCCCAAAUCCUCUGUUUGACCUAGCUGGGAUAAUGUGUGGACAAUUUGGAAUACCGUUUUGGGAGUUUUUUCUGGCUACUUUGAUCGGAAAAGCGAUCAUCAAAACUCACAUACAGACGAUAUUUAUCAUCUGUGUCUGUAACAACCAACUGCUCGAUUGGAUGGAGAACGAGCUGAUCUGGAUACUUAGCCAUGUCCCCGGUUUGGCUGCUGUGUUGCCUGGACUCACAGCCAAACUCCAUGCCAUGAAAGAAAAGUAUAUUGAUGCACCACCUCCUGUUCCAUCUCAUAUCAAGGUGAAAAGAUGGGAUUUUUCAUUUGCAUCAAUCUGGAAUGGGAUAGUGUGGCUGAUGCUUCUCAACUUCUUCGUCAAGAUUGUGACAGCGACUGCACAGAGACACUUGAAGAAGAAGCAAGAGAAAGAAGUAGCUGCUUUGACUCAUUUAGAUUGAUCUUUCUUCCUUAUAUGCUCUCCAACAUCAAAACUGAAGAAGGACCAAAGCUAAUCAAGAAAAUGGCAGUUUCGCAUCGUUGACACAUUGUUCUGGUGGGAUUUGUACUUUAUAGAACAUAAAAUGGUUAGGAGGAAUUGGGAUUAUGAGAUUGCAGGAGGCUUAUUUUGACCCUGUGAUUCCAUUGAGAAUGAUUUGUUUGAAUAAUUCAGAGAAUGGAAGAAAAAAAAAAAGCUCUAGUUACUAAUUUGCUACUCUACUUAUUUAAAUCGGAGCUAUUAUGCCCCAAUCCAUGACUACUUUCG